AUGGCAGGCUCGUCUCCCUCGCGCCGUCAAAGCAACCAUUGGACAAGUCGAAGCCCGCAACGAUCCGUCCUCGAAGAAAUCCUCGGCGACGACAGAAACUCGGAGGCGCGGCAUAGGCAGCUCCUGGAGGCAGCAAAGAAAGAGCAUGAGAGGGUCAGAGAGGAAGCAGAAAGGGUGUACCGCGAACAGCUUUUGCGGGAGGAGAGGCAACGGCUCCUCGAAGAGCGACGGAGAGAGGAGGAGAGGAUCGCGCUUGAGGAGAGACUCGUCGCGGAACGCGCGAGGUUGAACGCGCUCAAAGCAAAGAAGGUCGAGAUCGAGCCUCCACUCCCAGAGCCCGAACCACCUGUUGCGCCAACACUCAAUGGAAAGACGCCAGCCUCUCCAUCGAUCAGCAACGCGCCGGCUCAGAUCAACGGAAGGGCGGCUAAGCAAGAAACGGCGUCCGCCGCGCCUUCAGAUAAACCAGAAGGUGGCUCCUUGACAACACAGGCUUACAGCCACGCUCCAGCAACCAUUCCUAGUAAAGCACCAGAACCCGCGAAACCGGCGAGCCCCGUCCCGGGUAUCAAUGGUCCUAUCAGCACGACGCCGCAGCCCAACGGUGUCACACCAAAUGCCGGGGCAUCACAGUCAGCUGUUCCGGCUCCGGCACAAACUGGUCCCGACAGAUACCUGGUAAUUCACAAGAAUCUAAAAUUACUACGGAAAAGCUUGGCCGACCAGGCGAAAACGAAUCCGGUCUUGAAGGUGAGAAUGGGCGACAUGCGGCGAGAGCUGCGCAAAGCUGUCGGGCAACUGACCCCGACGAUGGGGGUCGCAGGGGUAAACAAGACACAGCAAAACAACAUCGUCAAACUGAUGCGCGAGGCCCUGUCGAACCAGGUGCGGUCGCAGAUGAUGGAUCCUAGCAAUUUCGUCCUGGAGCCGAGGAAGCCGGUAGAAGGGGCCUUACACAACGACACACUCCCCUCGAUAUUUCUCUAUCUCAUCAAUAUCUUCGCAAAAGCAGCCAUAUCGCAGUUCAUCAACGAAGGCGGACCCCGGCCAGAGACCGCAGACCCGGUUGGUGUCUGCGUCGCCGCGUGCAUCUCGGAGCCAGAAUUUCUGUGGCGCGGCGCGUCCCUGAUCGACAUAUUGCUCGCAAAGUUCAGGGUAGUCUGCCCGGUGCUCUUCGGCUACCGUGGCAGCGAGAAGACGGAGCAGGGGCGGCAGAGGUUAGGAUGGUGGAAGGACAACGGCCGGUGGGUGCCGGAGCAGCAGCACAUGGACCGCAUGACGGGGCUGGGCGCCGGGUUUGCGUCCAUAUCGCUCCGAAACUUCGCCCAUUCCAAGAAGACCAACCCGUUUCCUCCCCGGGAAUACUGGACGGCAAUGGCGCGAAUCGUCAACACGCCGUCCGCCGAGAUAUCCAACACGCAGUGCAUCGUGUUGAAGUCGAUGGUGGAAAACUACGAGCAAAAGUUCAUCGAGUUUUACGGAACGGCCGCCCUUGCCGCCCUGAGGACGGCUUUGAUCGAAUUUCCUGCCAGGGCACCACAUCGGUCGGCCGCGGUUAUAUCAUUAGAGGUUGUGGCCCAGUCGCUGAAGCGGGACACGGGCCUGGUUCUUGGAUAA